AUGAAAUCUUUUCGAUCAUCCACGAAGCCCAACACUCUGCCUCCGAUGACGGACAAUAUCAUCGUACUAACGUCGGAUAUCGAAACUUUGAUAACAGUUCCGGCUGCAUCUUAUUUCAUGUCCUUCCCGAAACCAUACGUCGGAAACACCGUGAAGAAAUACGCGACACUUCUCAUACCGUAA